AUGAAAGGACAAACUCACACGUAUCUGACGCUUGCUGCUUCCGCUGUGAGAGUGGUGCUUGGAGCCGAGAGGGUCAGGGGGAGGAGAGGCUUGGGAGUGGAGCGAGAAGACGAUAGGAGGAGACCCGCGGGUGACCACUGUGCACCAUCACCCGGACACGCGCUCCUCCGCCGGACACUUCCAUCCACUUCUGUGGCCCCUGCUGCGGCCGCUCGGACUACUUACUACAUGAUGACGGCAGACGCAGUGGAGGUCCUGGAUUCAGGCCUGGCAGGGCACAGGGCGGGUCGCCUUCGGCCCCGUGUUUGA